ACUAUUACAAAUUUUUGACUUGUCGAACGCACCUAUUGACGUUGACGUUUUCUGUAGAAGAUUUAUAAUUUUUUGUGUUUAUUGUUUAUUGUGAAAAGCUUAUAUUUUGCCAAGAAAUAUGAGUUCAUCUACCGAGGACUCCAAGAGUGAGGAUCCAAUUCAGAAACGCGUGAAUAAGAUCCUCGAAACAAGAUUGGAAGGCGAUAAAGAUACUCUGGGCGCGCUUAGUAAUCUUUCCAACUUUUUUACUGAAAACACCUUGCAAAAUCGGCGUAAUCUUCGUAGUGAGAUUGAACGUCGUACAGUCGGCAUAAACGAUAGUUUUCUUGGGGCCUUUCGAGAAGUCAAGAAUACGCUUGAUGCAGUAUGCGAAGAUCUAGAUACCAUGUCAAAAUCUGUUCAGGCUAUGAAGUCAAACUUAGAAUCUUCAAAAGCUUUAACUCAUGACCUGAUUACUCAAACUAAUUCGUUGCAGACGGAGCGCGAACGGCUUCAGGUUGAUCAACAGAUAGCCGAGGCUUUCCUAGCACGUUUUCAACUCACUGUACCCGAACACCAAAUACUUUAUGGUACUACAAAAGAUGCACCAAUUGUGUCUGAAUUUUUCACUGUGCUGAACCGGGUCCAAAGUAUUCACGCGGACUGCCGAGCUCUAAUGCAAUGUGGCUAUCAGACAGCAGCUUUGGAAAUAAUGGAGGAAAUGACUUUACAUCAAGAGGGAGCAUUUGAGCGACUUUAUCGGUGGACGCAAAAUCACUGUCGGAAUCUGGAAAAUAAUGAAAUUGGUUCUUUGGUAAUUGAAGCAAUGAGUCGGCUCCAAGACAGACCAGUACUAUUCAAAUAUGUAAUUGAUGAAUACGCUAUUGCGCGUCGUGCUGUGCUAGUGCGACUUUUUAUUGAAGCAUUGACAGAGGGUGGUGCCAGUGGCAAUCCAAGGCCUAUUGAAAUGCAUGCACAUGAUCCAAAACGUUACAUUGGCGACAUGUUUGCAUGGCUCCAUCAAGCAAUACCGAAUGAAAAGGAAAACCUUUCGUUGCUGCUAAAGAAAUGCGAUAAAAAUGAUUUGUCAGAGCAAACGCAAACCGCCUUAGCCUACGUUGCUGAUGGUGUAUGCCAUCCUCUCAAGGUGCGCGUGGAAACCAUAUUGACUUCAGAAAAGGAUACUAUCGUUUUGUUUGCGAUAUCGAACUUAUUACGCUUCUACCAACAAAUUAUAAAACAAGUGGUCAAAGGAGGUGCACUUGAGCAAACCCUUAUUGAUUUACAAAAGUCUAGUGAGGAGAUUUAUUUGAACUCGCUCUCCAAACAAGUCCGCAGCAUUCUACAACGUCCAGCCAGCGCCAAUUUAGGUCUUGAACCGCCGCAGCGGGAUUUGGUACCACCAGCGAGUGUUGGUCGCCUUUUGAACAUGCUCAAAGAGAUCCUAUCAGUAGCUACCAUGGUCGAUGGUCGACAAACAGACAUUACAAAGAUCGUAUCUUGUGUUAUAGAUCCUCUGUUGCAAUCAGUACAGGAAUCAGCUUCACAUUUACCUACAAUCGAUAUGGCUGUCUAUCUUCUAAACUGUCUCUAUCAUAUGCAAAGCUCAUUGGCAGUGUACGAAUACAUGGACGAACGCGUAGAGCGUUUACAAGCACAGUCAGAUGCACAAAUCGACACGCUAAUUUCUGAACAAGCAUCUUCUUUGGUGGCCAAUCUAAAUCUAGGUCCGAUCUAUACAAUACUACAAAACAAUCAAACCAAAAUUGAGGCGAAUUUACUUAAAAUAUUCAUGAAUAAAAUGGAAGCUUUCUUAGAAAUGCCAGAAAUGUUACUGCUGCCACAAGUUCAGUUGUUAAUGUCCAGUGGUCAUCGCAACUCUGUGCAAAAGCGAGCUUUCAACGUUAUCGUCGCUAUAUACAAGCAAAUAUACGAACGUGUUCACGAUCCGGCAAACGAUUUCGACAAUCCAGAGUCUAUAUUUAGUAAAACGCCGGAGCAGGUCAGCAAGAUUUUGGCUGUUUAAAAUAAGAUUUUGUUUUUAUAUUAUUGAUAUAUUUAUCACCUAAAAUGUAUAAAUUUAUGAAGUAUUUAAAGGAAUUAGAUUUUCACAUUCACACUUUGUUAGCGGAAGGUACAAUUAAUGCUAGUAUUUUUUUCAAAUAACUAAAACUCGGCAAUCUACAAGUUACUCGCCAGCAACUCUUUCGUUUUUGCAUUCAUAUAGAACCAUUAGUUUGUAUAAUUACUCAUGCAUAUGUAUGCAUUGCAAAUAAUGGGUACACGACUCCAUAUCAGCCGCAGUUUUAUCAAUCUUUAAAGAUUGUGUGUACUGCCUCCUAAACUCUUGCGCCAAUCUUUCGUAACGUUCUGUUAUUGUUUGAUAUUGUGGUUGCUAGCUGUGUGCUAAUGUGUACAACAAUAGCGUAAAUGAAAUUAAGUGACGAAGCAUAGCCCAAAGCAAAAGAGCUGCUUGCGAAAUAAAAGAGGCUGUGACAGACGGAUGUGUAAUAACUAGUAGUGUGAUUG